AUGCGGGGAGAUGAACCACUGUUCUCAAGUUUCGUAGACUCUUUCAGGGCGGGGAUAGGAUCAGGAUCACUUCAUGCGGGAGAUGAACCACUGUUCUCAAACUCUUUCAGGGCGGGGAUAGGAUCACAGCUCCGUAGUUCCGUAGACUUCAUGCAGGAGAUGAACCACUGUUCUCAAGUUUCGGGCGGGGAUAGGAUCACAGCCCGUAGUAGACUCUUUCACUUAAUUCGUUCUUUUCUAAGUUUUCUAUGGCAUGUUUUCUUUCGUAUUUUAUUCAUUUACUCAUGUCAUUUAUUUUACUGUUAUUCUUUCUUUUGUCUUUCUUUAUUUUCUGUAUUUUUCUCUUCUUUAUGCGUCGGUCUUUCUUCGUUUAAUAAAUUCUAUGCUUAUUUUGUUAUUACUAUAUUCUAUUUCUUUCUCAUUUUUUCCUUUUCUCAUUUUAUUUCUCUCUCCUAUUGUGUACUAAAUGCUUUCUUUCUUUUUUCUUUUUUCCUUUCUUUCUUUUUUCUUUCUUUCUUUUUUUCUUUUCCUUUCUUUUUUUUCCUUCUUUGCUUCUUUUCUCUUUCUUUAUUCUUUUUUCUGUCUUCUUUCUACAUUCUUUUUUCAUCUUUAUUGUUUCUUUUCUUCAUUGUUUUUCUUUUCUUUCUCAUAUUUCCUUUCCUUCUUUAUUUUUCCUUUCUUUCAUAUUUUCUUUUCUUUUUCCUUCUUUCCUUCUUUCCUUUUCUUUCUUUCUUUCUUUCUUUCUUUAUUCUUUCUUUUUUGUUUCGUUUUUGUUCCUUUUCCUUUCUUUCGUUCUUUCUUCUUUUCAUCCUUUCUUUCUUAUUCGUCCUUCCUUCAUUCGUUCGUUCUUCUUUCUUUCUUUUUUAUUCUUUUCUCUUUCUUCUUUCUUUAUUUCUUCUAUCUUUUUUUCUUCUUUGUUUCUUUCUUUGUUUCUUCCUCUCUUUCUUUCUUUCUUUUACUUCUUUCCCCUUUCUUCUUUCCUUCUUUUUUAUUUCUUCUAUCUUUCUUUCUUUCUUUCUUUCUCUCUUUCCUUCUUUCUUUCUUUCUUUUUUCUUCUUUCCCCUUUCUUCUUUUCUUCUUUCUUUAUUUCUUCUAUCUUUCUUUUUUCUCUCUUUCCUUCUUUCUUUCUUUCUUUCUCUCUUUCCUUCUUCUUUCUUUCUUUCUUUCCCCCUUUCUUCUUUCCUCCUUUCGUUAUUUCUUCUAUCUUUCUUUCUUUCUUUCUUUCUUUCUUUCUUUCUUUCUUUCUCUCUCUUUCCUUCUUCUUUCUUUUUCUUCUUUCUCUUUUCCCCUUUCUUCUUUCCUUCUUUCUUUCUUUAUUUCUUCUAUCUUUCUUUCUUUCUCUCUUUCCUUCUUUCUUUCUUUUUCUUCUUUCCCCUUUCUUCUUUCCUUCUUUCUUUAUUUCUUCAUUCUUUCUUUCUCUCUUUCCUUCUUCUUUCUUUUUUCCCCCUUUCUUCUUUCUUCUGUUUCGUUAUUUCUUCUAUCUUUCUUUCUUUCUCUCUCUCUUUCCUUCUUUCUUUCUUUCUUUCUUUUUUCUUCUUUCCACAUUCUUCUUUCCUUCUUCAUUGUUCUUUCUUUCAUUCUCUCUUCUUUCUCUCUUCUUUCUUUCUUUCUUUCUUUUUCCAUUCUUUCUUCUUUUCAUCUUUUCUUAAUUUCUUUUUCUUCUUUCAUUCUUUCUUUUUGUUCUUUCUCCUUUCUUCCUUUCCUUUUUCUUUCUUUCUUCUACUUUCUUUCUUUCUUUCUUUCUUUCUCCUUUUCUUUCUUUCUCCUUUUCUUUCUUUUUCUUUCUUUCUUUCUUUCUUCUUCCUUUCUUUAAUAUCAUAUUCUUUCUUUCUCAUUUCCUUCCUCUUCCUAAUAAUAUGCUUUUUGCUGUCCUUAAUUUUUCUUUCUCUCUAG